AAAAGGUGCUGAAGGUCAAACACCUUCAGUCACCGCAAUGCUCUCCAACUUUCUUCCUCUCCUGCUGGUGCCAUUACUCGCCACGGAUGCCCUGGCAGCGAGGAAAUACCAAGAAGACACCAGAAGAACGAAUCAUCAACAGAGCCAGAAACAGAGUGAACAAGAAGCGGGCGACUUGACAGACGAAUGUCCCGAACCUAACGGGUACUUCGCCGAUGGGUACCAAUGCGACAAGUACUACGAAUGCAAGGACGGUGUCAUAACUGAAAAACUAUGCCCGGACGGUAUGGUUUUCAACGACUUCAGCAUACAACACGAAAAAUGCGACCUCCCUUUCAACAUCGACUGCUCACAAAGAUCUCAAUUGCAAACACCACGUCCGACGACUCACUGUCCCCGUCAGAACGGCUAUUUUUCACACGAAGAUCCAAAAGUCUGUGAUAAAUUUUAUUUCUGCGUGGACGGAAAGUUCAACAUGAUCACCUGCCCCGAUGGCCUGGUGUACAACGAGAAGACUGGCAUCUGCACAUGGCCGGACGAGGCAAAGAAAAAGCACUGCUCCAGCGAAGAGGUGUUCAAGUUUGAAUGUCCCAAAGUCGACAUGAAAAUCGGCCAACAACAUCCACGAUACCCAGAUCCAGAGGACUGCCAGUUUUUCUACGUCUGCAUUAACGGAGAAGUGCCGAGGAGGAAUGGAUGCAAGAUUGGACAGGUCUUCAACGAGCAGUCUGGCAAUUGUGACUGGCCUAGAAAUGUUCCUGAAUGCCGGGAGUGGUACAAAGGAGUUUUGACAGAUGAAGAGCUCGAAGCCCUUGAACAUCCUAAGCCGAAAGUGAGGAACAGUGCUAGCGCUGCUGCAUACUCAAAAAGAAACAAGCCAAAGGUUCAACCAGAAUAUUAGCUUUAAACAACUGAACUUAACAGCACACAAAGCUCAAAUCAAUAUCAUCAACUAAAUAUUUUCAAAACAAGCUGGCAGUCCUCAACAAAAUCUGUAUAAAUGAAAUUUUGUAAAUUUUUUGUACUUGUUAUUUGCCAAUAAAAUAUUUAUUCAA